GGUGACGAUAUUCUGAACAAUUCAGACAGUCAAACAUGUCUUUACUCAGUGUAUUCAUCCUGUGCCUUCAAGCUUGCUUGAUCCAGAACGCCUUUGCGUGGAUCGCCGAACCAGCGCUCGCACCCUGUCUCGGUAACCAAGCAUGGGGUCUAGCUGGCCCAGCGAUGGGUAUCGCUCCCGCACCUUUUGCUCCCGCACCUUUUGCUCCCGCACCUUUCGCUCCUGCCCUGGCCCCUUCUCCAUUUGCCCCAGGCCCAUUUGAAGCAGGUAUUGCUCCAUACGGCGGUGAAGGUAUCGGUGACGUAGCUGUAGCUGGUGAGAUGCCAGUGGCUGGUACUACUAUGGUAGCAGGACAAGUGCCCAUCCUCGGUGCUGUACGCUUUGCCGGUGACCUCCCAGCUGGUGGUGUGGUAUCUAUUGCUGGAAGUUCCGGAUGUGGAAGAUCUCCCUACAUGUACUAGACUCCAUCUUAGGAUGCGAUGUUUCAAUAAAGAACAGUGACUUUA